UAAAGGCUAAAAGCCUAAAAACCCAGCUAAAACCUUGUUCUUCUUCUUCUCUCAUGAGCCAGCCCAAGUCUCUGGUGCAGCAGACCAUGGUCCUACCGCUUCUGAAGCUAGGAACCCUAGCUCUACGCACUAUCUGCAAACCUAUCGCUAAUCGCCUUAAGAAAGAAGCUGGUGUUAAUCCCAAAUUCCGUCAAUUCAUCAUCAACAUUGCACAGGCGAAUCACAGAUUUACGACUAAGUUACAAAGACGUGCUUCUGGUCGUGUAACUGAUGCAGUUAUUCGCCCUUUGAACGAAGAGAGAGCUGUUCAAGCCGCUGCAGAUCUUCUUGGGGAACUCUUCGCCUUCACGGUUGCAGGAGCUGCUCUUGUCUAUGAGGUGCAGAGAAAUGCCAGAGGAGAAGCGAAAAAAGAAGAGAAACGACAACAAGAACUAGCUGAAUUCAGACGUAAACAUGAGAAGAUGGAGAACGAAAUCGAAGAGAUGAAACAAAGAUGCUGCCUGCUUCAUGAAGAGCUUUCUAAGCCGGUUAAUAAAGAGCUUUCUAAGCCGCUUAAUGCAGAGGUCUCUAAGCCAACAGGAUUAGCUUGGCUCUUCAACUACAUGUGUUGUCAGAGUGCUGCUGCUGAGAAAGUACAGUAGCAAAGCUAAAAAAUAAAAGCCUCAAAGAUGGUCUGUUUCUUUGGAAAGCCUUUUAGCUUGACUUGUAGAUAGUUUCUAUAUAACCAGAUAGGUUAACUGCAGAAGAGAAGAGAUAUUGUGUUCGUUUAGACUUGGACCAUUCUCUCAUAAACCAUAAUUCCAAAUUCUUUCUUACAUUGAAAGAGUUCCUGAUUUUGACUUUAUCAAUAACUUCAUGUCAAUCUUUCUUAUUUUAGCCUGUAAGACUUAAUAAAACCCAAUACAUAUA